AUGUGCAUUUACAUGCAGGUAGAGGGCAUUCAAGUUCAUGCAAAUGAAGGUGGGGUCACUCAGACACGUGGCGGCAUCUAUUGGUUGAUCUUGCCAGCUGGAUAUCUCGGUUCAUCAUUUUGGGGAAUGGCUCUCAUACUUGCAUCAACAAAUCUACUCACCGCAAGGAUUGCUGCCGGUUGUCUUAUUCUUUCCCUUCUUAUUGUCCUCUUCAUAGCCAAAAAUUGGACACUUCGUGGGCUUUGCAUUGGAUUCAUCGUUUUUAUCGGUGUUAUUUGGCUGCUGCAAGAACUGACUACAGUUCGUAUUCUUCGCUACAUUAUUCUCUUUAUUGGUGUUAUGAAUAGUUUGUUUUCUGUUUAUGAUAUAUAUGACGAUUUGAUAUCUCGAAGAGUUCACUCGAGCGAUGCUGAGAAGUUUGCAGAACUUUGCCCUUGUCCUUGUAAUGGAGUUGGAUGGGGAAUUAUUUGGGGAAUGAUAUCCUUCAUGUUUUUAUGUGGAGCUAUAUAUCUUGGACUUGUCAUCUUGUCCUGA